AUGGUGCUUGUGAGGGAAGCAGGGGCUGCCUUAAAUCCACGGGAGCGCCCCAAAGGGAGGGCCGGGGAGGGGGCUGUGUGCCGGUCCUCCUCCUCCUCCUCAGGGCGAGGGCUGCUGCCGCCGGAUCUCUCCGCCACCACGCAUCCUCGAGCGAAAGGCCCUCGGCGCCCGAAGCGGGGCGGCCCCGCUCUCCCUCCCUCCUCCUGCGUCCAGAGGGAGCCUGUGUCUAGGCAGCCGCAGUUACAGCCCCGCCGCCAGCCUCCGCUCGUCUCCAGCACGGCCUCCCGAUCCGAGGCCGCAUUUUCCCAGCCGGCCAAGCCAGUCCUCCUCGGCGCCAGCUAUCUUUGCCCUCGCUCCGUCCAGAGGCCUAGCGGAAGGAAAAGCCCCGCGGGAAAGACAGGGAGCCUCCUCGUUCUGCUCCUCCAGGCCCUGCUUCUCGCGGCCCCGCGUUCGGCUUCUUCACGGGCGGAAGGGACGAAGCAGCAGCAUCUCCUUCCAAACGCGUCUCCUCUAAGAGUAAGAGAGAGAGAGAGAGACAAAUAUGUCCGCCUUCCUGUUCAAACAGACCGAGAUGGAAAGGACUCAGGGCGCAUGCGCGUCAGGGUGGGGCGCGAGCGGCGACUCGGAGCGGUUUGUUUGCACGGGGUCGCGCAUGCGCGUCAAGAGGAGGCCCAGUGAAGCAUUGGGAUUUCCUCCCAUGGUGACUCACCAUCCAGCAAGGGAUCCACCAUUUACCCACAUGGACACACAUGGCCACUGUAUGUAUCCAGACUGCAGACAAGCCCUUCAGAAGAUGCUCAGAUGGACAAGGCAAGAAUGGGGAAGUUGGCACUGGCUGACAAUAUCAGAGACCAUGGAUGUUGAGAAACUGGAGCAUGUCCAAGGGAGAGCGACUAAAAUGGUGAAGGGCCUGGAAACCAUGUCCUAUGAGAAUCGACUUAGGGAGCUGGGGAUGUUUAGCCUGGAGAAAAGAAGAUUAAGAGGUGAUAUGACAGCCCUGUUUAAAUAUUUGAAAGGAUGUCAUAUUGAGGAGGGAGCAAACUUGUUUUCUGCUGCUCCAGAGACUACCUACUCUUAUGCCAGUAUCUGAAAGUACUGUAUAUGCAAAUUGCAACUAUGAUAAAUACUGUCUUUCAUUCCCAUCACCGUUCUCUACUUUAAUAAUGCUUGUAUUGUUGUGUGCUUUCAAGUAGUUUCUGACUUGUGGCAACCUAAAGUAAAACCUAUCAUGGGGUUUUUGUGGCAAGAUUUGCUCAGAGGGGGCUUGGUGAGAGAGUGCGAUUUGCCCAAGGUCACCCAAUGGGUUUCCAUGGCCCAGCGGGGAUUUGAACCUUGGCCUCCAGAGUCAUCGUCCCACUGACUCAAACCAUUCUCACUCCCAUUAAAAAUACACAUUUAAAUAUGUAUAAUUUUAAUAAAUAUUUUAUAAAUGUUAAAUAUAUUUAUGAAUAUUAUUUAUUUUUUAUUUUUAUUAAUAUUAUUUAUAAAAGGCUUUCUCUGAAAAGACAACUUCAAUGCCAGGAUUGGGUCUGCAUGCUGAAAGGCUCCAAACUGGAAAACUUGAAUUAAACCCUAUUUUUAAAAUAUUCAAAAAAUAUUUUUAAAUAUUUUAAAUAUAGGAUUUAAUUAUAGUUUUCCAGUUUGGAGCCUUUUCAGAGAAAACCUGCCACACACAUGUUUAAACCACCGAGAAAUGCAUAAGGCCAUUGAAAUAAAUACUCCAUAAUUAUUUUAUUGCUUUUUUAACCCUGCUUCUUCCAAGGCUCAAGGUAAAUGUACGCAGUCCUCUUCCCACCUUCAUUUUAUUCUCUUUAUAAGCCUCUGAGCUGGUGAGGCUAAGAGUUAGUGACAGGUUUACAGUCCCAGGACUUUAUCACACAAGAGGAAUUUCUUUCAAUUUUGAAUGAAAAGGAAGUGGGGCCA